AUGGCGGCGCCCAUGUGAACAUGCUGGAGUAAGUAAGGCACAAGAGACUUGUUUAUUACAAACCCCUAUACACACAGAGCAUGAAGCAGGGCGUCCUACCUGUAUAGUCACGCGUUUUUACAGGGAGCCUUACUCCUGAUGCAAUCCACAAUUUGCAGAGUCAUCCCUCAAUCUCGUGCUGUUAUCUCUAGUUUGAUAAAGUACUCCGCUGGAAGGAGGCACCUCACACAGAAAAUGGAGGAACCGUCAAUAUCGGAGGGGGCUGGAGAGACCGUUAUCAUUGAGGGAAAAGCCAAAGUGAUUUUCCCUAAUGCCAACCAAGUAUUUUAUAAUCCAGUGCAGGAAUUCAACAGAGAUCUGACCUGUGCUGUUAUCACAGAAUUUGCUCGGAUGCAGCUUCUACAGAAAGGAAUUGACAUUGUUGUGCCUGAUGAGAGAAAAGAACAGAAGGUGGUAGUGGAUUUAUCAGACCCCGGAGAGGAAGAAUCGAAGUCCAACGUAGAGAAUGAUAAGCCGGCAGCUCGACAAGAGGCACACGUGGGGGUCCCAUGCACUGAUGGUUUGCGAGUAUUGGAGGGUCUCGCUGCAUCUGGUUUGCGUUCUGUUCGCUUUGCCCGUGAAGUUCCUGGUCUGCAAAGCGUCAUUGCCAAUGAUUUCUCCGCCAGCGCCGUGGAGCUAAUCAAAAGAAACAUCCAAUUUAAUGGGGUUGGGGACCUGGUGACGGCCAGCUUCAGUGAUGCCAGAGAACUUAUGUGCAGCAAAAAGGAUUCUCGUAACCGGUUUGAUGUCAUAGAUCUGGAUCCCUAUGGGAGCCCCUCGAUGUUCAUUGAUGCCGCCGUGCAGAGUGUGAGCGAAGGAGGACUGCUCUGCGUUACCUGCACAGAUAUGGCGGUCAUGGCUGGCAACAGUGGAGAGACUUGUUACAGUAAAUAUGGAGCCAUGUCCCUGAAGGCCAGAUUUUGUCAUGAGUUGGCCCUCCGCAUCCUAUUGCACAGUUUGGACCUGCGUGCCAACUGUUACCAGCGAUACAUUGUCCCACUGCUCUGCAUAUCUGCCGAUUUCUACAUCCGCGUCUUUGUGCGCGUCUUCACCGGACAAGCCAAAGUCAAAAUGUCCGCCAGUAAGCAAGCCCUGGUGUACAAUUGUGUGGGCUGUGGAACGUAUCACCUGCAGCGAAUGGGCAGAGCAAUCAGCCAUGGGAACAAUAUGAAGUAUUCUCCUGGAACUGGGCCUCCUGUGGGAAUGAGUUGUGAAUUCUGCAGUCAGAGGCAUCAGGUUGGUGGGCCUCUCUGGGCUGAGUCACUUCACGAUACAGAGUUUGUGCAAAAAAUUAUAUCUGCCGUGGAUCGAAAUCCAAAACGAUUCAAAACAUCCGAGAGAAUAUUAGGAAUGUUAAGCAUGGCGAUAGAGGAGUUAAGUGAUGUCCCACUAUAUUACACACUGGACAAUUUGAGUAGUGUCGUUCGUUGUAGCACCCCUUCACUCCUGCAGUUCCGUUCUGCGUUGCUUCACGCUGGAUACAGAGUGUCCCUGUCACAUGCUUGUAAGAGUGCUAUAAAAACAGAUGCUCCCCCUGCACUGAUCUGGGAUAUAAUGAGAUGCUGGGAAAAGCAGAAUCCUGCAAAGAGGGAAAAAUUGUCAGCGACCUGUCCAGCAUUCCACAUCCUAAGCAAAGAGCCCAGCAUCGAGGCCUGUUUUACUGUAAGAGAGGAUGCAAAUCCCAAAUCACGGAAAAUGGGUUUAAAACGGUUUCAGGAAAAUCCAGAAGCCAACUGGGGUCCCAAAGCCAGAGCUAAGGCAGGAGGCCAGAUUUCCUCCUCUCUUGAGGAAAAGCGAAAACAGCAUCAGAACAAGAGAAAGAUCAGUCCCGGGACACCUGAUGGCCAUCUUAAAAACUUCCCCUGCAAGAGAUUUAGACAGGGUUGCUGUGAUUUAGGAGAAAGCUGCCGAUAUUCUCACACUGAAUCUGAAGAGACACCAGAAGCCCAAGAAAAUUCCCAUUUGGUUCAGGACUCUGCCUCAUCAUAGACUCUUUAAAAGUGUCAUCUGAGCUCAUGAUGACAAACAUGACCUUAUAGGACUGUACAAUACAAAGCACCAAAUGGCUGCAGAUUUAUUCAUUUUUUUUUUUUUUUAAUCCUAGAAACACAUUUGUAAAAAAUACAUUUCCCCCCUUUAAUGUACAGACAGUGACAGGCAAGGCUUGCUUGUUAUGGAACUGAUUAAAGAGAUUUCUUUGCUCUUAAACACUCCAGU